AUGAUUGGACAGACAGCACUCCGUUCACCAGCCUCACUGUGGCGGCAACGAGGCUUCCGCACCUUUGUAGGGGAAUGGUCCUCCCCUCCUCCCCCGAAACCGAAACUGAAGAGGAUCCCAAGGCCUAAACCCAACACCAUCUCCAUCUGGCAGCCUGGUCACGCGCAUUGCCCACCUCAAAUCCGCAAUUCUCGACAGCCUCAAACGGUCCCUCGAUAUAGUCCGGACCCUCACUUUCGAUCACCAAACAAUACUAGCCGACUUCGCUUCGCAACCCAACGCACUUUACCGACGCUUUGGUUCUGUACCUUCUUGUUCGGCUUCGUCGCCCGGCGUAGCCAUCCAUCCGCCUGUCCUGUCGUUGUCGCGCUUUCCUUUUCCCGCCGAUUGCUUCCGUGGCGUGUCGCCAAUUCUGGUUGUCCAACCCACCCCCGAUCCGCCGACUUUCGCCAGCGCCUCAUCCCGAGCUCAGCACAAUCAUUGAUUGCAUGGCGCAUUGAUGGGCCUUUCACUCGCUCGACUCUGUUCUAUUUCCCUCUAGAUAUCCCGACUCGUGCGUCGCAGCGCAUUCCGGCCUACCAUCUCGAACUUGCCCCGGAUCUGGCUGCGUAUACGAAUCUCUCUGCCGAGGGAGAGCCCGAGUCUUUGAUGAUGGCACAGCCCGUGCCUCAUCAGCCCACCGAUCGAAAGCGCGUCAAGGUCUAUGAGCUUCGCAACAAUGAUUGGUUUGACAGAGGUACUGGCUUCUGUAGCGCGAGCUUCGAGACUCUUGACGAUGGUCGCAAAGAUCCGCGCGUCGUUGUCGAAUCAGAAGAUCAUCCCGAUCGUCUCCUAUUAGAAACAAAGAUUCAGAAAGAAGAUGGAUUUCAGAAACAGCAAGGCACAUACCCUGAUCGUGUGGCAGGAACCCAGCAGUGGGGUCGAUAUGGCAUUGAGCUUCCAGGAAGCAGAAGGAUGCGCAUUAAUUUGGCGUUUUACGAUGGCCUUUCCGAUGAUCUUGCCAUCGACGUCCCGCCAGCUAUCAACCUGCCCAACGCCGAACUUGGAAAUCUUGGCGAUAUCGAAUCAACAAUGCGAAUGAUGAACACUACCGCUAACGGCAGAGACGCGCUGGCCAAGGCAAUCAUGGCUGAAGAUUUUAUUGGCAAGAUCGUUCCAUUGGUCGAGAUGGCUGAGGACCUAGAGAGCCUUCAAGACUUGCACCGACUUUGCAACAUCAUGAAGACGGUUAUUCUUCUCAACGACACGUCGAUUAUCGAGCACGCGGUAUCAGAUGAAUGCGUCUUGGGUGUUGUUGGCGCGCUAGAGUACGACCCUGACUUUCCUAGUCAUAAAGCCAACCACCGACACUGGUUGGGUAAUCAGGGCCGAUACAAGGAAGUCGUUCCGAUUGAAGAUGAACAAAUCCGCAGGAAAAUUCACCAAACAUACAGACUGCAGUACUUGAAGGACGUGGUUCUUGCCCGUAUUCUUGACGACCCCACAUUUUCAGUUCUCAAUUCCCUCAUCUUUUUCAACCAAGUCGAUAUUGUUCAGCAUCUACAAGCAAAUGCCGCUUUCCUUAACGAGCUCUUCGGUAUUUUCAGUCCUUCAAACAACGACCAGAAGAGAAAGAAGGAAGCAGUGCUCUUUAUUCAGCAAUGUUGCGCUAUAGCAAAAAACAUUCAGCCACCAGCACGUCAGACAUUAUACAACAAUUUCCUUGCUCAUGGACUCUUACAAGUCAUUAAUUUCGGACUGCGGCAUCAUGAUGUUGGUGUUCGGGUUGGAGCUACUGACAUCCUGAUAUCCAUCAUCGAUCACGAUCCUCAAAUGAUUCGACAAACACUAUAUCGCCAAGUGCACGAGAAAGUCACCCCUCUCACCGACUCUUUGAUCGACCUUCUUCUUGUUGAGGUUGAUCUCGGCGUGAAAUCUCAAAUAUCAGAAGCGCUCAAGGUUCUUCUAGACCCUGGCCCCCAGCAACUCCAGAAUGAGAAUUUCCAGAAAGCCAACGGUGAGCUUUAUAGCCAAGAAAUGUUACAGGUCUCUACUGACCCCCAACAAGAGGUUUUCCUACACGCGUUUUACGCGGAUUCGGCACCAAAGCUGUUCAAGCCACUGGUCGACUUGGAGAAGCGAACCGAUAUGAACUUUAGCGUUCAGCAAGCGUCGAUGUUUACAUAUCUCAUCGACAUUCUCACAUUCUUUAUUCGUCAGCAUGCAGUGCGUGUCAAGUUUUAUGUCAUGGGCCAUGAUAUCGUCAAGCGUGUAUCGCAGCUGCUUGGAUGCCCCGAGAAAUUCUUACGAUUAGUCGCUAUCCGAUUUUUCCGCUCAAUAAUUGGAAUGCAAGAUGAGUUCUACAUCAAACAUCUUACGGAGAAGCAAGUACUAGGGCCUAUUCUUGAAGUACUUAUCGGAACUAUGCCCCGUGACAAUUUAUUGGCUUCGGCAUGCCUCGAGUUCUUUGAGUUCAUUAAGAAGGAAAAUGUCAAAGAUGUCAUCAAGUAUCUCGUGGUCAAUCACAGAGACCAACUGAUGACUCUGAGCUACAUGCCUACAUUCCGAGAUAUCGUCCUUCGAUACGACCAAACUAGAGGUUACACGUCAAACGUUGAUUACUUUAUGGAGGGCGAAGAUGAGAUGGGAAGGAGGCCCCCGCCCAACACAAGAUUGAUGGAGCAGAUCACCGUCGACCAAGAACAAGAGGAGUAUUGGGCAGGAUCUGACAAUGAAGAAGAAGAGGACAAUUCAAGCAAGGAUGGAGAAAAGACGCCGUCUACGAAUGGAUCAAUCACCUCCAAGCUCCUUGUUGAUUAUGCUUCCGAUGAGGAAACAGAUGAAAACGCUGACCCCGAGGCAACGCCAGACAGCCACAGCGAUGUAGCAUCAGAUGCCGUGGGCUCGCCGAUCGACUUGAGUCUAGGAGGAGGUGUUCCGCCACCAGAGCGGCUUUCAGAAAAACGUCGACGUGAAGAGGAGGAAGAUGACGAUGAAAUCGGAAAGCUGAUGCACAACAAGCGACGCAAUAGCAGCGGCUCUAUCGGCUCGGUCUCUAGUAACCCUCGCGGCUUGACAAAACGAAAAAGCUUCACCGCCGGCUCUACCAGCGGGAGCAGCAAGAAGAUCGCAAUUAGCCUUUCUUCGGGCUUAAAAACAGGCAGCGGCCCAGGGUCGAACGAGGAGUCGUAA